CCUCGCAACUAAGUAUCGACUGCUCUAUCCAGCAAUUACCUACCAGGUACCCUUGUGCCUGAGCCUGAGCUUAAGCUUGAGAGCCUGACCCUGAUAUGAAUCACACGGUUACUUAAUACCACUACCAAUAUCAAUCACUCCCGUUUCAACAACAUAAACAGCAAUUAUCACUUCAACAACAACGUUAGGUAGUACUAUGAGUAGGACAAUGACUACAGUUGCUCUCCCCAGGCCAAUUCCACCACAUCGUUCUUCUUCUGGCAUCGUCACUUUAUCUUCUCCAAUAUCUCUCGAAACGAUCAAUACCCAACAAGUAUCCAGCGCCGCGCCCGUGCCCAUUCCAAACAAACAUAUUCCAAUUUGCCCUACCGGCCCAGCACAUCCACACGUCCGUGAACCAAAUACUCCUCCACCUUCUCCGGGCCGUGAGGAUGAACGUCGACAUCGAUCAUCGCUUCUCCACCCUCCAGAUAAGUUCGACCAUCUGGAGGCGGGGUCGCUCGCUUUAUAUAAGAUCCAUCCUGCAGACGUAGCAGCCUCUUUAGACCAUCUUUCUAAACAACCUCUACCAGAACCCUCACAAGUAUUUCCCUGGUUCCAUGGGUUGCAUCCUUGUAACCAGAUUCAACAAACUUUUUUCUCGACAAGGAGCAAACCUAUGCGGCAGAUACCAAGUUGUUUACGUGGUAUCACAGUUGUCAAGGCCGAUGGUGAUCUAUCAACUUCACGUCUCAAGGGAGCUAUUGCCCCUAGUGAAUUUAUGAACCCUUGUGCCGACGGCGAAUUUAUCGAGGUUGAUCCAAGACAAGGAUUCUCCGUCCGGAACUUUCAGAUCCAAGCCGCUAAAACAGCUAUAACCUCCGAUAUUAUCGUAUAUGGCGAAGACGUCGGAUUGGUCCGCAAAUUGGGAUGGGAAAUCGCGUCAGCACAAUCCAAGUGGCGUAGGAAGCACGAAUCCCUCCCAAAAUACAAUACAUUCAUCUGUGUUAGUCCGUUUAGAGACUUUGAGAAAAGGCAUAGCGAAAUUGUCUCGAUCGAUUCAGAGGGCCGCUUGACAGGUGCCGUGGUGGAUUUUUUCCACCAGGAGCGACUAGAAAUGUAUACAAUGACAAAAGCAACCGAGGUUUCACAUAAUGUGUGGAUGGGUCCAACUCCUGAGCCUGAGGGCGAAGAGCAGCAGCAGUUCGAUGUUUUAAUCGAGUGUAGUGAUCUCGGUCGACUGAACCCUGCUGCUCUGCAGGUAAUUGCUGAAGGCCCUAAUGACGAUACGAGACACACUUACCUCGACUUCCCCUCAUCUGGGAGUAUCCUUCCGCCGACGUGGUCCCAUGCCGAAGCUGAUGGUAUCCUGGAAACCUGCAAGUGGCUUUGGCACCUCUCGCACGGAACCUUACCCUCAAAGUCGGAUACCGACGUAGAUGGCGACUCUAAUAUGUCAGAUACAUCCGAAGCCACCGAAGUUGAGACGAACCGGCCGCGGAAGAUUCUGAUACAUUGUGCUGAUGGGUAUACCGAGUCAACUAUGCUUGGUAUCGCGUACUUCAGCUAUAGCACCGGCCGACCAGUUCCUCAGGCCUGGCUGGAGUUGCAUACGAUGAUGAAACGAAACUUCUUCGCAUACCCAACCGACGUGUCUUUAUUAACUUCAAUCGCGCCUCGUCUACUCCACGAAUCACCCGUCUGCGCAGAUAAGAGCCUCUUAGAAAUCACAAACCUCGUGAAACACGAGCCUAAGUGGAUCGCUUCUCUCGACGGUUCAUUUCCAAGCCGCAUUCUCGAUUAUAUGUACCUGGGUAAUCUGGGCCAUGCCAAUAACCCGGAUCUGUUGAGAGCGAUGGGGAUCAAACAGAUCCUCAGCGUAGGAGAGACAGCCAUGUGGCGAGACGGCGAGCUAGAAGAGUGGGGAGAGGAUAACGUGCUUGCAGUCGAGAAGGUUCAGGAUAAUGGUAUCGAUCCGUUGACUAAAGAAUUUGAGAAGUGUUUGGAAUUUAUCGACCGUGGCCGCCGGAACGGCACAGCGACGCUAGUCCAUUGCCGAGUAGGCGUGUCGCGCAGCGCGACCAUCUGCAUCGCGGAAGUGAUGCGCACCAUGAACCUCUCGUUCCCGCGAGCGUAUUGCUUCGUGAGAGCGAGGCGGCUCAACGUGAUCAUCCAGCCCCAUCUGAGGUUUGCAUACGAGCUCCUCAAGUGGGAGGAGAUGCUCCAAGUUCGGCGGCACCGGGCUGAGAAUGCCUAUGAUGCCCGACAUCCCGUCCGGAGAGAACUGGAAUGGGGGGAGAUCGCGAGAGAGAUUGCGCUUAUGAAUCGGCCUUAUGCGAGAUAAUUUACUCGUUAAGGAGAGGUUUUGCUUAUUGGCUUACCAGCUUAUUCAGCAUCUCGUCUAGUGAUCCGAGUGGCACAGCUAACAACCGUCCUUGUCGGGGAUUGAAUUGCUGUGCUUAGUCUAAAGCGGGAUUUGGAUUCGGCGCCGGACACAAUUCUUACUACGACAGGUCGUAACUUGUAACGACGACAAACAGUGGGAAAUGUCGGGGAAAGGCGAUGCUCAUCACCCUUUCUCGCGCACAUCUAUCUUGCUAGAUUCUUUAGCAUGUGGUACAUGCCUUCAUUGUUUUAAUUUACAACUACCGAUAUUUUUGGGCUACAUAUCACCUCGGAGUUGACGGGAUCGGUGGAUGAAGAGGAGCGUUCACAUAUCUUCGCCUUUAACGACGGGAUGACAUGACAUCUUUUUUUAUCUUU